CGCAUUUCCUCACACAUCCGGAGGAUCGCCGUUGGUACCUGAGAUCCGGGUCUGUCUGUGGCUUUGCAGACGCGGGGCGACGCAGUAUCGAGGCGGCGGGCCCGCGGGUGCGUGGAGAUGCUGAACAUGUGGAAAGUCCGAGAGCUGGUGGAUAAAGCCACCAAUGUGGUGAUGAAUUACUCUGAGAUCGAGUCCAAAGUGAGGGAGGCCACCAAUGAUGAUCCCUGGGGCCCCUCUGGACAACUUAUGGGAGAGAUCGCUAAGUCUACCUUCAUGUACGAACAGUUCCCAGAGGUGAUGAAUAUGCUGUGGACCAGAAUGCUGAAGGACAACAAGAAGAACUGGAGACGGGUGUACAAGGCUCUACUGCUGCUGGCCUAUCUGAUCAGGAAUGGCUCGGAGCGAGUCGUCACCAGUGCCAGAGAACACAUCUAUGAUCUGCGAUCACUGGAGAAUUACCACUUCAUCGAUGAGAACGGUAAAGAUCAGGGCAUCAACGUGCGUCAGAAGGUGAAGGAGAUGGUGGAGUUUGUCCAGGAUGAUGACAGACUGAGGGAGGAGAGGAAGAAAGCCAAGAAAAACAAAGACAAAUACAUUGGUGUCUCCUCAGACAGCAUGGGAGGAGGAGGAGGCAGCCUCAAGAACUCUGGAAGUAGCGAAUUGGACCGGAAUAAAUGGGACGAGGACUGGGACAAGAGCAGAGGGGCCUUUCCCUUCAGUGAGAAGCUGGGAGAGAUCAGUGACAAGAUUGGCAGCACUAUCGACGACACACUGAGCAAGUUUAGGAAGAAGGAGCGCGAUGACUCCCCCGACAGAAUCAGUGAUGGAGAGGAGGACCGGGCAUCCAGGAAUGGUCGUCAGGAAAAACUAGACUUCAAAGACGAGGAGGAAACUGUGACAACCAAGAGCAUCCAGAUCACCCAGGCAACUGAGACCACAACAACCACCACGCGGAAGCGCAGCGGAGGGACAGGCAGCAAGACUCUGGAUUUGGGGGCUGCAGCACACUACACUGGUGACAAGAGCCCUGAGGAGGUGCCAUCAGUCAGGCAGUCGUCCAGUAGCGGCCUAGCUGAUCUGCUGAUGGUCGACCCUUCAUCCAAUCACAGCGCUACAAUAGGUGGAAGCUCAGACCUCAUCGGCGGUUUUGCCGACUUCUCCUCCCCGGCAGCCUCCGCCAGCCUUCCAUCCUCCACUGGUGCUGCGUCAUCCAAUGGCAAUGGAGAAUUCGGAGACUGGAACGCCUUUGCAGCAAAUGCCCCAGCCACCUCAAGCGCCGGUCCCUCCCAGUCCGUCAACAACCUGUUUGGCAGUGUCCAGUCACCUUCAGUUCCAGCCUCCAAUACCACCACCGUCCCUCCUUCCGCUGAGCUCUUAGACCUGAUGGGUGGGGCUAACCAUCAACUAACCAAUCAGCACACAACACUGAGUGCCUCUCAGAGCAUGACUUUCUGUCUGGGCGGGGCCACACCAGGAACAACUGUUGCCAUGCCCGCCGUACCCCUCUCGCGUUCCCAGCAGAGCCUGGGAGGCCUGAUGUCCCAGCAGCCAUUUGGACAGCAGCAGAAGGUCGGAGUCGGAGGCCAAGGAUCGUUGGGUUCAACCUGGUCUGACCCUUCAGUCAACAUUAGCCUGGACUUCCUGUCAGCAGGCCUCAACCCCACCAAGACACCUCCCACUCUCAACAACAUCAUCCAGCAGCAGGGUGUGCCUCCAGUCAGCCUUUUGGCCCAGAACUUUGGAGGGUUGAACCUUAGCUCCCCGCCUUCAGUCACACCCAUCAGACCAGCCAAUCCUAUGAUGGCAGGCAACACAAUGACCAUGGGCAUACCUGCAUCUAUGGCAACGGGCAUGCCUACUUCCAUGGCAACUGGUAUGCCUGCUCCGAUGGCAACGGGUACCAUGGGAAUGGGGAUGGGUGGAAUUCCUGUAAACCAAGGCAUGAUGGGAAUGAACAUGAAUAUCAAUAUGAGCAUGGCAUCUCCAGUGAUGAUGGGCAGUAUGGCUGGCAUGGGGAUGCCAGGAGUCGGGAUGCCAGCCAUGGGCCUAGGACACUCAAUCACCCCAGCCAUGGUGCCACCCAAACAAGAUGCCUUUGCUAACUUCGGCAACUUUGGGAAAUGAAGGAAAAUGUAUUAUUUUUGUGUGCGGUGGUGGGUGUGUGUGAACGAGCGUUUGUGUGUGAGAGACGACGCACAGACGAGAUACUGUACUUGAAGAUGGCUGCAAAGGUUUUCUUCUCAGCUCUUCUCUUUUGACAUCCAAGUGUGUUAACGUGGUCUUGGGGGGUAGAGCAAGAGGCUUACCGGUGUUAUGAAAUGUGAAACCAUUCAGACAGCAUCCUGGCUAUACAGUGUACAGGCAGUAGUUGUCCAACAGAGGGUAGGAUAGGUGUGCAUCAAGGUGACAUGGUUUUCCUUUCCCCUCAGAGGUUCACUGAAUGGCUGAGUUGGAUAUUAAAUACAAAAGAUGUCCUCUUCUGUCAUUGUCCUGUCCUGUCUUAUCCUCUCCUCUCUUUUAAUCAAACAUACCUCACUGGAGUUGUUGUA